AUGAAGCCACGGAAAUCAAGAGGUCAGAUAUGCACUUCCAGACACAGAGUGACGGCAGGCAUGCUAUUGUCGUUUCUCGCCAUUUCAACUCAAGUUGCUGCAGACAAGGCCCCGGGCAUCGCCAUCGACCCUUGGUAUCCUGUGCCUGGGCCCAAGCCACCCAACGUUCACGAUUUCACUUUGAGGCACAUCUUCCAUCGAGGCACAUAUCAAGACCCAGAUCUACAUAAACGCUACGAUCUCCAUCCCCAGGCCCCUGUGCUGGUGGCAGAAGAUGAUGGACUUCGAUAUUCUCUGCAAGAUCCGCCACACUUCACGGCGAGAUCCCACUCGAUGGAGAUUGAACGACUAGUCAACAGGCAGCCGUAUAGCAUAGAGAGGCAUCUACAAUAUGCUAGACUAACAGGAAACCCCGCAAUCCUUGACGCGUCAGACUGGACAAUGGACGAGGUCAACGGCCCGAAUAUAUCCGACAAAGAUACAGUCCUCGAUCUCGCUAUCAUGGCGGCGGACGCUUACGCUCCGGUCCCCGGCGAAGGAGACUGGGAAGAUGUGUCACGGGGAUAUAACCAAUCAAUAGGAUUUGGAUGGGAAGGUGAUGGGUUGAGAGGUCACAUCUUCGCCGACCAGAACAAUGAGACCGUCAUCAUCAGUUUGAAGGGGACUUCUCCUGCUGUCUUCGACGGAGAUGGAACGACGACCAAGGACAAACUCAACGACAAUCUUUUCUUUAGCUGCUGUUGUGCUCAGGGUGGACAGUACUUCUGGAGACAAGUCUGUGACUGCUACUCAAGUACGUACACCUGCAAUCAAACAUGCUUAGUCAAGGCUUUGCGAAAGGAAAAUCGGUAUUAUCGUGCUUCAAUCGACCUCUACACCAAUGUCACCGAAUUAUAUCCUGAUUCGAAUGUUUGGCUUGUGGGGCAUUCCUUGGGUGGUGCAGUUACCAGUCUCCUCGGGCUCACUUUUGGACUCCCCACUGUCACUUUUGAGGCCCCCGGUGAUGACCUUGCUGCGAAACGUCUCGGUCUCCCUUUCCCUCCUUCUUCCGAUCCUUACAAACCACGCACGCGAUACACCGGAGCCUUUCAUUUUGGAAACACCGCCGAUCCAGUCUUCAUGGGCACAUGCAACGGUGCAACAGCAACCUGCACCCUAGGCGGUUAUGCAAUGGAGUCACAAUGCCACACGGGGCAUCAAUGUGUCUACGAUACUGUCGGAGAUUACGGUUGGCGAGUGGGCAUUGGCAAUCACAAGAUUCGCAACGUGAUUGAAAGUGUGAUCAAAGUCUACCCGGACGUGCCCAGUUGCAGCCCUGACGACGAAUGCGUCGAUUGCUUCAAUUGGAAGUACUUCGAAAGCAAUGGAUCCGAUCCCACAACUUCUUCGACCACAACAACCACCUCCACACGAACGAGGACGACAACAUGCAAAACGCCAGGUUGGUGGGGUUGCCUUGACGACGAAAGCUCCACCACCACAACAUCCACUCCCAUCAUUACGACGACUUAUACAACAACCAGCUGCGCCACGCCUGGUUGGUUCGGGUGUAAUAAGGGAGUCAAUGUGACCAUCACCACGACCACGGUUGCGCCAACGGUCACCACGACUACUUCCUCGCCGGCCAGCCACCACACCCUCACGACACCGUCUUCUUCAUGCCAACAUCCAGGUUGGUGGGGAUGUCGCGAUCCAACGACAACACAGGAAUCAUCUCCGUCACCUGCAUCCUCUCAAACGAUCCCGACUCGCACGGCUAAGCAACAUACGUGCCAGUCGCCCGGUUUCUUCUUUGGCUGUCGUGAUCGUACCGUUUAUGAUUCGACCAUACCCACGACACGUUUAAUAACCGAGGCUCCGAUUCUAACGGCGAGCACUGCGCAGCCGAGCAUUACUCAGUCCAACGAUGACGAGAAGGGACGUGGGAAGUGCAGGCACCACGCAUUCUUCGGACUCAUUUGCCUAGAUCAAGCUCAGGACAUUGACACCAUUGAAUUGUGA